UUCAACCUUUUCUUCUCCUUGAAAACCCAUCACCGUAGCCUGAUUUCUCUUUGAUCCAUUCUCUGGUGUCAGGAAGAUGAACUUCUCCUUUGGGGCAAUGAAAAAUCUUGAUUUCUUUGUUCACGUUCUUGGGUUUUUGUCUGAAACCUGCAAAUGUGUUUCCACUGCUCUUAGGGUAUUGUUUUUAGCAAAGAACACUGAAGAUUUUUUGGUCUGAAAUCUGCAAAUGUGUUUUUUCUCUGCCUUUCACCAAACAAGUCAACAUUUUUCUUAAAACCCACGUGCGUGAGGUGGCGCGUGGUGAUUUAUCUUCUACGCUUUCGUGGAAUUCUCCGACAUGAGUCUUCAUUCAGUAGUUGAUGUAAUAAACUCAAAUCUCCAACUUCAAUGAGCUUUUGAGCUCUUAAAUGCCAGAAAUACCCUUCUCCUAUAGAUUCAUAUAUAUGUACACAUGUAAUGUAUCGAUGUACUUUACACUUGACAGUGCCCACAUUCCAUCAGAUCAUAACCUUCAAACUUCAAUACCUCUUGGAUCUUCCGCGGAAAUCAAAAUGCCGAGAUCGAGUAAAUCUAAGCUGAGGAGAGAACUAAAAAAGGUUAGAACUUGUGGGCGGUUUAUGAUUGGAACAGAGGUCCAGAGUUGCCUCAGAUGCAAUCUCCAAGGCUGAGGACAUCAACUGCAUUUUCUGAUCCGAACCACCGCCGCCAACGUCCGAUCACUGACCGAAGUCCACAGCUCGGUCUGGAUCGUGGAUCACCGAGGAGCUGUGGGUCCCACAAUGAUCUACCACCAAACCAGAAGAAGCUUGGAACCCGAAUUUCUGAUCUGGAGUCGCAGCUGGGACAAGCCCAGGACGAGCUGAGAGCGCUGAAAAAGCAUCUGGCCACAACGGAGUCGGCCAAGAAACAUGCUCAAGAAAAGCUUAAGAAGAAUGGCAAGAAACCGAACAAUGUGGCUCGUCUGGAGGGAUCAGUCCCCGAGCCUAAGAUGGCUGACAAAGAUGAAGUUCCAGGUGAAGUGCAGCUAGAGACAGAUGUAUUCGAAGUUCCAGUUGAGAAGAUCACGAGAGAACCAGAAGAGGUUGAAAAGCCAAAGGCAGAUGAAGUAAACAUGUUGAAAGCCAAACUGUACGACCUCGAGAAAGAAAGGGAAUCACUUUGCAAGGAGAACGAGAGCUUGAAGAAUCAGUUGAGUGACACGGCUUCAGAAAUGAGAAACGCUAAGGCCAAGCAAGAGGAAAUGGCUGCAGAGAUGGAUCAAAUCGGGAAAGAACUUGAAGGAACCAGAGAAAAUGAAGCUCAGAUGAAAGAGAAGCUGGAAUCAACAAAAGAGGCAAAACAGGCACUAGAAGCAGAGAUGAAGAAGAUGACAUUACAGACUGAGCAAUGGAGGAAAGCGGCAGAUGCUGCAGCUGAAGCUCUAGCCGGAGGAGUCGAGGUCAAAAUGAACGGUCGGGUUUCAGAAAGCUGUGGGUCAAUGGACAAGAAUUUCACACAAGGGUUUUUUCAUUUAGGGUCGGAUGAACAUUCAGAAGAUGGGUUAGGUAGUGGGAAGAGGAAGGGUUCAGGGUCAGGGAUCAGGAUGUUAGGUGACUUGUGGAGGAAGAAAGGGCAGAAGUGAGAAGUGUGGAUUGCUUGUGACUGAAGAAAGCAAUUUGAGAUCUAUUUAUGUGGACAUUGUAGUAAUGAACAACAUCAUGAAGACUCAUCUUGAUCUUGCUUU